ACGAGCGUAAAAAUACUAAUAUUAAAAUAAUAAUAGUUAUCGUGUAUGUCAUAAUAAUAUAAUAUAAUCAUAAUAAAAUAUGCGGUGCAAUACAAUGGAGAUUAAACGUAAAUUUUGCUGGAUAUUCUUACCUACGCUACUUGGAUUAACAUUAGCUAAACACAAUAGUAAUAGUAAAACUACUUUAGAUAAUUCAUCAGAUGCAAAUUCUAAUAGUAAUGAAGCAAAUUUCCCCCGAUUUGCCGAACCAAUACCAAAUAUCACAGUAACGAUAGGUAGAGAUGCAUUAUUAGCUUGCGUUGUAGACAAUUUAAAAGGAUUUAGGGUUGCAUGGGUUCGUGUCGAUACACAAACAAUCCUCUCAAUUCAUCACAAAGUGAUAACACAAAAUAAUAGAAUAAGUUUAUCAUAUAACGAUCAUCGCAGUUGGUAUUUGCAUAUAAAGGAAGUUGAGGAGAGCGAUCGGGGAUGGUAUAUGUGUCAAAUAAAUACAGAUCCAAUGAGGUCACGCAAGGGAUAUCUUCAAGUGGUUGUUCCGCCGAUGAUAAUUGAAUCUCAAACGAGCAACGAUAUGGUUGUGCGAGAAGGAACGAAUGUCACGCUAACAUGCAAAGCAAAAGGUUAUCCUGAGCCGUAUGUGAUGUGGCGACGAGAAGAUGGCAAUGAAAUGCAAAUCGGAGGUGAAAAUGUGAACGUUGUCGAUGGCGAAAUCCUGUCAAUCACAAAAAUCAGUCGUUUACAUAUGGCAGCGUAUCUGUGUGUGGCUUCUAACGGAGUGCCGCCAUCAAUUAGUAAACGAGUGCAGUUGAAAGUGCAAUUUCCUCCAAUGUUAUCAAUCCCAAACCAACUUGAGGCGGCGUACAUUGGGCAGGAUGUCGUUCUCGAAUGUCACACUGAAGCAUAUCCCGCAUCCAUUAAUUAUUGGACCACAGAACGAGGUGACAUGAUUAUUUCAGAUACAUCACGUGCGGGUGACAAGUACGAAACAAUGUCCCAAAAUAACGGAUACAGCAAGUAUAUGAAGUUAAAAAUACGAAAAAUUGCAGCGCAAGACUUUGGAUCGUAUCGUUGCGUCGCGAAAAAUAGUCUUGGAGAGACUGAUGGUUACAUAAAAUUAGAUGAAAUUCCCGCACCAACGACAAUUUCAACGACAGAACCAUAUCCUAAAGACAGUUCAAAGUACAGAAAACCUUACGGAAUGAACGAUUUUGGCGUUGAACAGUUGAUACAUCAAGAUCAAACAUCUAACGGUCCGCCAUACCAUCGAAAUCCUCCCGGAGCAUACAAUUCUUCGUCGCAACCUGUAACUGCGAUGCUUUCUCUCAUUUUGAACAGUUUAAUUACCAUAAGUGUUUGUCACUCCCUUUUAUUCCUGCAAACAACGAAUUUCAUGUCGUCAUCAUCGAGGAUACGAGGAGCUUCAACAGGAAAUAGCAGAUGA